CCGGCUCCCUCCCGGUCCCCGCCUCGGCCCCGGGCUCCGAAGCGGCUCGGGGGCGCCCGGUCGGCCAGCGUCGUCGCCCACCGCCUGCCCAGCCCCCCGCCCCCGGGGACCCAGGCUCGCCAGCGCGCGCAGCGGGGAGCCGGCCGGGACGCGCCAUGGGGGGCCCCUCCGCCCUGCCCCUGCUACUGCUCCUCGCCAGCUGCGGGGCGCCCGGCGGGGCCAACCUCUCCCAGGACGGCUACUGGCAGGAGCAGGAUUUGGAGCUGGGAACUCUGGCUCCACUCGGCGAGGCAAUCAGCUCCACAGUCUGGAGCGGCCCUGACAUGCUGGCCAGUCAAGAUAGCCAGCCCUGGACGUCUGAUGAGACAGUGGUGGCUGGUGGCACCGUCGUGCUCAAGUGCCAAGUGAAGGAUCAUGAGGACUCAUCCCUGCAGUGGUCUAACCCGGCCCAGCAGACUCUCUACUUUGGGGAGAAGAGAGCCCUGCGUGACAAUCGGAUCCAGCUGGUCAGAUCUACUCCGCACGAGCUCAGCAUCAGCAUCAGCAACGUGGCACUGGCGGAUGAGGGCGAGUACACCUGUUCCAUCUUCACCAUGCCCGUGAGGACCGCCAAGUCCCUCGUCACCGUGCUCGGAAUCCCACAGAAGCCCAUAAUCUCUGGCUAUAAGUCAUCAUUACGGGAAAAAGAAACAACCACCCUAAACUGUCAGUCUUCUGGAAGCAAGCCUGCAGCCCAGCUGACCUGGAGGAAAGGUGACCAAGAGCUCCACGGGGAACCAACCCGCGUCCAGGAAGAUCCCAAUGGAAAAACCUUCACCGUGAGCAGCUCAGUGACCUUCCAGGUUUCCCGGGACGAUGACGGGGCAGACAUCGUAUGCUCUGUGAACCACGAAUCUCUAAAGGGGGCUGACAGAUCCACCUCUCAGCGCAUCGAGGUUCUAUACACACCAACGGCGAAGAUUAGGCCAGACCCUCCGCAUCCCCGUGAGGGCCAGAAGCUGUUGCUUCACUGUGAGGGUCGCGGAAAUCCCGUCCCCCAGCAGUACCUGUGGGAGAAGGAAGGCAGUGUGCCCCCGCUAAAGAUGACCCAGGAGAGUGCCCUGAUCUUCCCCUUCCUCAACAAGAGCGACAGCGGGACCUACGGCUGCACGGCCACCAGCAACAUGGGCAGCUACAAGGCCUACUACACGCUCAACGUGAACGACCCCAGCCCGGUGCCCUCGUCGUCCAGCACCUACCACGCCAUCAUUGGUGGGAUCGUGGCUUUCAUCGUCUUCCUGCUUCUCAUCCUGCUUAUCUUCCUGGGCCACUACUUGAUCCGGCACAAAGGAACCUACCUGACACACGAGGCCAAAGGCUCGGAUGACGCCCCAGAUGCAGACACAGCCAUCAUCAACGCAGAAGGCGGGCAGUCGGGCGGGGAUGACAAGAAGGAGUAUUUCAUCUAGAGGCGCCCAGCCACCUCCUACGCCCCCAGGGGCCCCGCGGGGACUGCCGGGGCCAUGGCCAACCUGGACUUGUACAGAGCGACCCCAGGGCCGCCCCUCCCGCUUGCUCCCCGGCCCCCCCACCCCCCUGUACAGAAUGUCUGCUUUGGGUGCGGUUUUGUACUCGGUUUGGAAUGGGGAGGGAGGAGGGCGGGGGGGAGGGAGGGUUGCCCUCAGCCCUUUCCGUGGCUUCUCUGCGUUUGGGUUAUUAUUAUUUUUAUAACAAUCCCAAAUCAAAUCCGUCUCCAGGCUGGAGGGGCAGGGGCCCCGGGGUGAGGAAAGCUAAAGCCCCUGGAGUGUUAGGAGGAGGGCGAAGGCCGAGGGGAAAGGACAGGGCUCUGAGCCGGGCUGGUGGGGGGGGGGGUGCCCUCUCCAGCCCCACGUCCUCCACCUGCCUUUUUCCGGGGAGGGGAUGGGGAGGUGGUGGGCGGAAGCUGCAGGGGGCCCUCCCUCUGCUGGCCAGCCGCACACCUCGAGCUGGGGACAGGGAACCAGGCGCCACCCCGUCCUCACCCCCCUCCUCCACCACCGCGGGGGAGGGGCGAGCGGGGGGGGGGGGUCCCGAGGAGGCGUGACCUGCAGGUGGCAGGCAGCCAGGCAGGGACCCAGGGCCUCGCCACGGGGAGGACGCAGGCCCCCGCGAGGAGGCGUGGGUCCUGGCAGAGGACCUCGCAGAGGCAGAGGAAGGAUGGCAGAGAUGGCGGUGGACCCCUGGGCCCCCUCCACGGGGAGGGAAGCCGGGCCCCUCGGGGGCGGCGCAGAGGAAGGCUGUCCCCUCCUGGCUCCGGCAGCUGUGGGAGCGGCGCCGCUCCGGGCCCCUCGCUCUGACCUGAGCCCCGAGCCCUGACUGUCGCUCGGCAACCACUCCUCCAUGGCAUCGCUCGGCAACCACUCCUCCCCGUCUUGUGCCGCCUGCGCCCCUUCCCGUUCCCUCAGCAGCCAGGCAGACAUAACAACAAAAAUACUAAAAGGAGCUUCACUGCA